AUGUGUUUUUUUCUGUCUCAACAGCUUUCAAGUGGAAAUCCUGUCUAUGACAAAUAUUAUCGGCAGGUAGACCCAGCUGGCAGUGGGCGUGUGGCAGCCACAGAUGCUGCACUGUUUCUGAAGAGGUCCGGCCUGGCUGACCUGGUGUUGGGGAAGAUAUGGGAUUUAGCAGAUGCAGAACGAAAAGGCUUUCUAAACAAGCAGCAAUUCUUCGUCGCCCUGCGGCUGGUGGCCUGUGCUCAGAAUGGCCUGGAAGUGGCACUCAAAAGCCUCAGUGUGGCUGUACCUUCACCCAAGUUUCAUGACACCAGCAGUCCCCUGCUGCCUCCUGGAGUGGUGCCUAUUGACAGUCCGUGGGCAGUCAAGCCGGAGGAGAAGCUGAAGUAUGAUGCCAUCUUUGACAGCCUUUCCCCAGUGAAUGGCAUGCUUUCAGGGGAGAAAGUCAAACCAGUUCUUCUGAAUUCCAAAUUGCCUGUGGAUGUUUUGGGGAGGGUAAGGGAGAAAGCCAUUUCUUUUUGA